AUGGUUAUAUCGAGCGUAGAAGCAGUCAGCGAAGGCUCUUUCGCCGCAACUAGUGCCUCGUGGAUCAGGAUCUUCGAGUACUCUGGCUCCAUCGCGUCACCCCGACAGGCGGCCUUUCACCACAAGUUUGAUGUUAUCACUGGAAAGGCCCUGUGGAUUGUGACAGCGGGGAGGCGAGAUCUUCAGGAAAGAUAUAAACGUAAGUAUUAUCGUGAUAUAAUUCUCGUGGGGUAUCUCCCAACCUUCCCAGAUCUGACGAGCGAGGGUGCAAAGGCCGAGGGCAAAUCAUAUAAGACCCCAAUUGAAUGCUUUCGGUCCAGUUUGGCGCCUCAUAGUAUAUUUGGUGCUUGGGCUGUUGAAAAUUGGAGAUGGUACAUCGAAUCACUUGAAAACAGUUUAGAGGACGCAACAGGUUUGGCAGUUCUAGGGCUCCGUGAAACAGGUGAAGAUCAGAAAUAUCAGCCCGGAGACCUUCAAACACUACAAAGACACGAAGAAAUGGUCCAUGAGACACUUGCUGCUCUCGAGGCCAACAUGCGAGUGUUUGCCUCAUUAUACAAAUUCUACUCUUGUUUGAGGAAAAAUGAACAUUUCCAUCUGAGACAUGAUGUUGCUGAAUCUAUCGAAAUCUUCAGGGACCAGGUUGAAGAAUUCAUCUCAGAUAUCGACCAUCUUGUUCAACGGGCAUCUACCCUGCUUAAGAUCACAGAUGGCCGAAAGCAGCUGAUUGUACAGCACUUUCAAAGUUAA